UAUGUUGAGCUGAGAUCAGACGCCUGUGGAUCAGAGCGCGGAUCUGCAGCUGACCCUCAUCACACACACUGUUCGGAUAACCCAUCACGUUCAGCAAAGCACCGUUUAUGGUUUUAACUGAAGAUUUCACUAUGUCUCGCACCGACGAGGUCCACCGCAUUACGGAAAAUGUCUAUAAGACCAUCAUGGAACAGUUCAAUCCCUGUUUGCGGAAUUUCAUUGCCAUGGGAAAGAACUACGAGAAGGCUCUCUCCUGUGUGACGUUUGCAGCAAAGGGCUAUUUUGAUGCUCUGGUGAGAAUGGGAGAGCUGGCCAGUGAAAGCCAAGGAUCUAAAGACUUGGGGGAUGUGCUUUUCCAGAUGGCAGAGGUACACCGGCAGAUUCAAGUGCAGUUAGAGGAAAUGUUGAAAUGCUUCCACAAUGAGCUGCUAUCGGAGCUGGAGAAGAAGGUGGAAUUGGACGCAAGAUACCUGACUGCGGCUCUUAAGAAGUACCAGAUUGAGCACAAAAGCAAAGGAGAGAGUCUGGAGAAAUGCCAGGGUGAGCUGAAGAAACUGCGGAGGAAGAGCCAGGGCAGCAAGAACCCCUCCAAGUACAGCGAGAAGGAGUUGCAGUACGUUGAGACCAUCAGCAGUAAACAGAGUGAGCUGGAUAACUUCAUUGCAGAGGGCUACAAAACAGCACUUUCAGAGGAACGUAGGAGAUACUGUUUCCUGGUGGACCGCCAAUGCGCUGUGGCCAAGAACAGCAGCGCCUACCAUGGCAAGGGCAAGGACUUGUUAACCCAGAAGAUCCCAGUGUGGCAGCAGGCCUGUUCAGACCCCAACAAGCUGCCCGACAGAGCCAUGCUGCUCGCCCAGCAGAUGUGCUCUGGAUCCAACACCCUCCUCUCCAGCCCUCUGCACUCCUCCAAGGGCAACCUGGUCAUCUCAGAUCCCAUUCCUGGAGCACAACCGCUGCCUGUGCCCCCCGAACUAGCUGCCUUCAUGGAAAGUGGCCUGGGCCAUCAGGGGCGGCUAAUGGGUCCUGAUGGCAUGUCUCUGGUAAACGGGACAACGGGGGUCCAUGGAGACGACUACUGGACUGAUGGCGGGGUCUCUCAGGGAAGACCACCCUCUCCACCGAAUCAGUCUCAAACGCAGAGCCAGCCCCAGAGACAGGUCAGCGACGUCUAUUCCAACACCCUGCCUGUCCGCAGGCCCCAGCCUGCUAAAAACAAGACCACCGUGGGAGAAACACGAACUCUGCCCAGGUCAAGUUCCAUGGCGGCUGGUCUGGAGAAGAACGGACGUUCUCGCGUACAGGCCAUUUUCUCCCACAUCGCUGGCGACAAUAGCACCCUUCUGAGCUUCACUGAGGGCGACAUCAUCACCCUGCUGGUGCCAGAGGCUCGGGACGGCUGGCACUAUGGGGAGAAUGAGAAAAACAAGAUGCGUGGCUGGUUUCCUUUUUCCUACACCCGAGUGCUGCCUGACAGUGACAACGAGAAGUUAAGAGUCAAUCUUCACCAUGGGAAGAGCAGCAGCACAGGAAACCUGCUGGAGCGAGAGGACAUGUCCUUACCCAUGCCUGACUAUGGUCUGACUGCCCGACUGUUGGCACAGAGCCUAACACAGUCUCGACCACGUCCCUACAGCAUGGCAGGCUUCGCACAGCCAGCGCUAGAGGAUUAUGACAGUCAGUUUGCCACAAGUGACCGUUCCCUGGAGGUCUACCACAGGCCAAGCAUCAUGGAUGACCGAUCCGCUCCUCUCUACUACUAGAGGGGCCAUGCAGUGGCCUGUGCACUUUGUCGCCCUCUUCUGUUCUGUCUGUGUCACUGCUACAGCAUGUGGAGGCAGAGCACAUGCAUUUACCCACAGGGCAAGGAGGAUAGAGCUUGUUGUGUCCUGAACGGAUUAGAAUAAUGAUCUCUGUAGCUACAUAAUUAACGGUAUUUGUAUACACCAAUUCAUAUGUUUCAAAAGUUAACAGCUUUUCUAAAUGGUUUUCUUAAUGUUAACAAAUCAGGCACAACCGAAAUGAUAAUGACAGUGUGCUUCUUUUUUUUUUUUUUUGGAGGGGAAAGUGUAUGCUUGAUUGUGUAAAUAUGAGAUCUUUUACUUGAAUGAAUGUGAAAAUGUAAAAAAAUUAAAUAAAAGUGAGUAAUUUGGUAGAUAAUAUUUCUGUAAAUGCAGUUCUAUAGGGAAGCCUUUCUUUUUCUGUCAGUUAUGUUUUGUGGCACAUGCCUCUAUCACUCAUUUCAGAAAGCUGAUUAAACUUCUUCACAGGGGUCUUGAUGCUGUGGUCACUAUUUUAAUAUUAAACACCACGGUGCUUUGCUAAAGUUCUAGUGUUGGCUCUGUGAAUUCUGUCUUUGCAGAGAUCUGUACAGUAUUUUAGAUGCAAUAUAUAGUGCAGUUUCUCAUGCAAGCAGCACCGACACAGGAACUGUGCCUUUUCCUGCUGUUUUGUGCUCAAUGCGGUUCUAAAUAUCUGUAACUCCACUGGUGUAUGUAAAGGGAAUUGCUUUAAUGUGAUAUUUUGUUUUUCCAUUUGAUUUUUGUACUAUUAUUUGCUUCUACUGUACUUUUUUUGUUCUUUUCUUAGAAAUUUCAAUGACUGUUAUAGAAAUAUAAGGGGGUUUAUUUGUCUUCACCUGCUGCUUUUGCUUUUCCACAUACUGAGCAAUACCGCUUAUUAAAUAUCAAUAAUAGACUUGUUGAAUAAUAGUGAAAAUAAUUCAAUUGCAGGUUCUGUAAAUAUAUAUUUUUAUUUUGUUUCUGUUUGAGGGACUGAAAAGCACUAGAGCAGUAUAUAUAAUCACUGAUUUUCAAAAUGUUACAGGAAAAUACAAUAUCAGCUAGUUUAGAUACUGAUAUGAAUUGCAUGUUUUAUAUAUUAGAGCAUCUACUGUGGAUCGUGCAAGGAAGGCGGGAUCGUUGUGUGAUUCUUUGAUGGAACGAUUUUGUGUUUGAUCAGCUUUAAAACCAAUUUUAUGUUUUAUUUUUGUUUUGGCUUUUCUGUUUAUUCUUAUUUAUGGAGAACUGCAAAUGUUUGUGAACAUUCUUGUCUUUUCUGAAAUAAAAAAGCAAAUGUAAACUGCCACA